CAGCGGGCCAGGCGGCUUCAGCACCACGGACAGCGCCCCGCCGGCGGCCCUCCCGCCCGCGGCGCGCCCCAGACGGCGUAGGCAGGGCCCGCGAGCGAUGCCCGCGGCAUGGCCCGGCGCUCCGGCCCCAUGGCGCUGCUGCUUACCUUCGGCCUCCUCGGGCUGUGCCCAGGGGUGUGGGGUACGGAUGCCGAGGAGCGGCUGGUGGAACAUCUCCUGGAUCCCUCCCGUUACAACAAGCUUAUUCGCCCAGCCACCAAUGGCUCUGAACUUGUGACGGUGCAGCUCAUGGUAUCUCUGGCCCAGCUCAUCAGUGUGCACGAGCGGGAGCAGAUCAUGACCACCAAUGUCUGGCUGACCCAGGAGUGGGAGGAUUACCGCCUCACCUGGAAGCCUGAGGAAUUCGACAACAUGAAGAAAGUCCGGCUCCCUUCCAAACACAUCUGGCUCCCAGAUGUGGUCCUGUACAACAAUGCCGACGGUAUGUAUGAGGUGUCCUUCUAUUCCAACGCCGUGGUCUCCUACGAUGGCAGCAUCUUCUGGCUGCCGCCCGCCAUCUACAAGAGCGCCUGCAAAAUUGAAGUGAAGCACUUCCCGUUCGACCAGCAGAACUGCACCAUGAAGUUCCGCUCCUGGACCUACGACCGCACAGAGAUCGACCUAGUGCUCAAGAGCGACGUGGCCAACCUGGACGACUUCACGCCCAGUGGUGAGUGGGACAUUGUGGCCCUGCCCGGCCGGCGCAACGAGAACCCGGAGGACUCCACCUACGUGGACAUCACGUACGACUUCAUCAUCCGCCGCAAGCCACUCUUUUACACCAUCAACCUCAUCAUUCCCUGCGUGCUCAUCACCUCGCUGGCCAUCCUGGUCUUCUACCUGCCGUCUGACUGCGGCGAGAAGAUGACACUGUGCAUCUCCGUACUGCUGGCCCUCACCGUCUUCCUGCUGCUCAUCUCCAAGAUCGUGCCGCCCACCUCGCUGGACGUGCCGCUCGUUGGAAAGUACCUCAUGUUCACUAUGGUGCUCGUCACCUUCUCCAUCGUCACCAGCGUGUGCGUGCUCAACGUGCACCACCGCUCGCCCACCACGCACACCAUGGCGCCCUGGGUCAAGGUCAUCUUCCUGGAGAAGCUGCCGACGCUGCUUUUCAUGCAACAGCCGCGUCACCGCUGCGCCCGCCAGCGCCUGCGCCUGAGGCGGCGUCAGCGCGAGCGCGAGGCCGGGUCCCUCUUCUCCCGCGAGCCGACUUCGGGGACCGCCGACUCGUGCGCCUGCUUCGUCAAUCGCGCCACGGUGCAGGGCGUGGCUGGGGCCUUCGGGGCUGAGGCGACGCCGGCUGCGGCGGGUGCUGGCGCGGGCAGCGCAGAGGCACCGUGUGGCUGCGGCCUCCGGGAGGCGGUGGACGGCGUGCGCUUCAUCGCAGACCACAUGCGCAGCGAGGAUGAUGACCAGAGUGUGAGUGAGGACUGGAAGUAUGUCGCCAUGGUGAUCGACCGCCUGUUCCUCUGGAUCUUUGUCUUCGUCUGUGUCUUUGGCACCAUCGGCAUGUUCCUGCAGCCGCUCUUCCAGAACUACACCGCCGCCACCUUCCUCCACCCGGGCCCUGCGGCCCCCAGUGCCAAGUGAGCCUGCCCACGGCCGCGCUCUCCUCACCCUUGGCCCUUCGCAGGGCGCGACCAGGAAGGGGCACCGCCCCCCACCCCAGGUCCAUCCUCUGACUUCCCCGAAAGUCCCUCCCCUCCCCACUGCUCCAGCUGCACACCGGCAGGAGAAUAGUGCCAGCUAUAUCUUCCUCUUCCUCUCACCCAGGCAAGAGUGUCGGUGGUGAGGCUUGAAAGCAGGAGAGGAGGAGGGUGGGAGGAGAGCCAAAGGACAAGAGGUCAGAUCCUGCACUGGCCUGGCUGACAGAGUCGUGGCUUAGAAAGGAGGGCCUGAUUCUGCCCCAGUUAAGUGGGCAGCGGCAGUUGGGGGCAGGGGGAGGGUUCUUGCCCCAAGGGUUUAGCAUGACCCUGAGGUCAGAAUCCUGGGGCGGGGGGCGGUGCCCAGCUCUGUGCUGGAGAAGUCUCUGUCCUGGACUUCCUGCUCUAGCUGUUUUCAUCAGGCUCAGGUGUGCACAACUGGAUACCAGCGAGCCUCAGAGUUGACCCCUCGAAAAAUGCAAGGUUACAGGCUUUGGAAAAGCCUUUUGCGUGGAGGGAUUGCCACAGGUGAUCGGAAGCAGCAGACUCGGGCAGAGCUCCAAGCGGGGGCUUGCUGAGGCCUGUCCCUCUGGACUUCUGUUUCUACCCUACCUUGAACACUCUGAGCAUGCUUGAAGGAAGUUAGCAGAGGAUGCCAGCUUCCAGCAGCUGGAGCCCAGCAGGGUGACCAGCCGGUUCAGCCCGUUAGCACCGCUGUACCCUGCUACCCUGCCACGUGUGUUUCAUCCUUCAGGAUCUAGCAGUCCUCCCCAUCGAGAAGGCUCCGGCCCUUAUUCCCACUGAGCCAGAGCAGGCAGGAGGAAUUUGGGAAGGUGUUCCUUGCUGUCAGUGACGACUCUGAAAGCUUCAGCCUUCCUCCUCGUGGCGACCAGGGAGACUGAACUGGAUCAUGUUCCCACAGUGGACAGCUGGAAGCCACCUGGCCCGACUCAGAGGAUGGCCGGUCCCGGCUCCCUGCCCCUGCUGCACCUCGUGACCAGCCCUGGUUUGUGGUUCCAGCUUUGCUUAGGGCUGGCUGGGCAGGCAGAUGGCAGGUCACAGAGAGAAUGGUCUGCAAAAUACUCCCAAAGGGCCUGGCCUGACCCUUUGACACCUCUGCCUCUGCCCUGCUGUGCCCUGGAACGGGCAGCUGGAACGCAGGGUAGAGGCAGAGGUGGCUGGUAGGUGGGUGGAAACAUGGCUGAGGCUUAGUGCUCUGGAGGAGGAACUGGGAGUCUGGGUGUCAGCACUCCUCUCCUUCCCCAAGCUGGAGUGAGUCCAUUUGCCUUGCUAGGCCUCAGCCUCCAUGCCUGUAAAAUGGGCGUAGGAAUGCCCAAGAAGCUGCUGUGGGGACGAAGGGCUGGACUUGGCACAAAGUGGAUUUUUCUGACACAGAACUAGGUGGGCAUGGGGUCACUUGUCAGGCCAGCUUCCCUGCCACCUCCUCUCCCUUCCCUUAAGUAAACCACGUCUUGGGCCUGGAGGAGGGAGCAGGGUAGGGAGUGCCCCUGGAUAGGAAUAGCAGCAGGCCUGUGGGAGCAGCGGCAAGGCUGGGAAGGGAUCAGGUGUGGCUCUGCAGCAUCCCCAGCAGUGUCAUCCUUGGGAUGAAGCCAUGUGCCCAGGGACACCCCUCCAACUUGUUCUGUGCCAUGGAAGAGCGCAGUGGGCCCUGAAGCCAGCAGGUG